UGUAGGAGGAGCCUCGCACACCAUUUAUAUUACCGGCUUCCAUAUACAUUGCAUAAAGGAUCACCAGUGCAGCUCAAGUACAACUCGAUAUGAACUCAGAAUGAGACAGAGUGGCGAGGCGGCCGUGUCGCCUAAAAUAUAAUAAAUGACUGUAUCAAGGAAAGCUGUAAAGUGAUCGAAUAUCCGAGAGGAGAUAAGAGCGCCGCACGACUUGUUCAUUCUUCACAGGACACUAUCUCUCCACGGAUAGACUGAAACGAAAUGGGGGUCAUAGUAGUGGUGAGCUAUAUCUUGUUAUUUAUCCUGGUGGAUGUUAUUGUCACCACUGUCCUCUACUUACAUGGUUGCCAGACUGCAAUAUUCACAGAGGAUGUGCAGAACUUUGACAUUCUCCACUCCGUCCUGGACCUCUGGGGGACUAUGCUGGUCAGAGUCUGCCUUCUGCUUGGGGCCUCCAUAGGGGUGUUAUGGAACAGAGUGGACGGCCCAUGCAGGGUCUCUGCCCUGGGGACCCUGACUCUCCUAAUCUGCCUGACCGUCAGCACCUACGCCUUAGCUAAGCUCCUGAUGCUCUCGGAGCAGGGCGAUCUGGCGCACCAACCCUGGUUCCUCAGUCUAUUUUCCUGGACCUGUGUGUCAGUGCUGGGGACCGUGCUCCUCUGGAGGCUCCUGGGAAGGUCUCCCAACACUGUGACUGACGGAGAGGGAGAUGGUGGAGGAAGUGUCUGUGAGGAGACUGAGAGGCUAGUGGAGGCAGCAGGAGAGAAUUGCACUGAGGAGGUGGAGGAGCAGCAGAACCAUGGGGAGAAGAAGAGGAGUAGGGCGAGCAGGAAAGGAACAGAGGACCAGAAGAACUCAGGGGCCACACUGGGGCGUCUGCUGUCCUACUGCAGUAAAUACGCUGGGCUGCUCUCUGUAGCCUUCCUCUUCCUCCUCAUCUCUGCUGUGUGUGAGGCCUUCAUCCCCUACUACACUGGGCAGGCUAUAGAUGGCAUUGUUAUUCACAAGAGUAUGGAGUACUUCACCAAGCCCCUGAUCACUCUCACAGUGUUGGCCUUAGUCAGCUCUAUAGCUAUUGGAGUACGAGGUGGCCUCUUUAAUCUAACCUUUGCCAGACUGAAUCUUCGCCUGCGGAAUCUUCUCUUCAGAUCUCUGAUGCGUCAGGAGGUGGGCUUUUUUGACUCUAACCACACAGGUGACAUCACCUCUCGCCUGACCUCUGACACUACUCAAGUGAGUGACCUGAUUUCUCAAAACGUCAACAUGUUCCUGAGGAGUAUGGUUAAGGGCAUAGGGUUCUUCAUCUUCAUGUUCGGGAUGUCCUGGAAGCUGACUCUGGUCACCAUCAUGGGAUUCCCCUUCAUCGCAGUCAUCUCCAAUGUGUAUGGGGAGUACUACAAGAGAUUGACCAAAGAGGUCCAGACUGCCCUGGCUCAGGCUAACCAGGUGGCCGAGGAAACUGUUUCAUCCAUGAAGACGGUACGCAGCUUUGCCAAUGAGGAACAGGAGGCUGAUUCCUACUACAGCAGGCUGCAUGUCAUGUUUCAACUGAACAAGAAGCAAGCGUUGGCCUACGCCCUCUACAUGUGGUCCAGUUGUAUCUCAGAACUUGUUCUUCAAGUGGCAAUCCUCUUCUACGGCGGUCACCUGGUCAUUACUGAGCAGAUGAGUGGAGGGACCCUGAUAUCUUUCGUCAUAUAUGAGUUGGAGCUGGGAGAGUGCCUGGAGAGCAUAGCAUCAGUCUACACAGGUCUCAUGCAGGGAGUGGGAGCAGCUGAGAAGGUGUUUGAGUAUAUCGACAGGGAGCCCAAACACCAACAUGAUGGGAAAGAGGUCCCCGACACCUGCAAAGGACUGGUCGAGUUUAAAGAUGUCACGUUUUCCUACCCAACACGGCCCGAAACGGACAUUCUAAAGAGUGUAUCCUUCACGUUGCGGCCUGGAGAGGUGACAGCCUUGGUAGGGCCAUCUGGCAGUGGAAAGAGCUCCUGUGUGGGUCUCUUAGAGAACUUCUACGCCCCACAACAAGGCCAGGUGCUGCUGGACGGCCGGCCGGUGCACACCUACCAGCAUGGCUUCCUCCACUCGCGGGUAGCACUAGUGGGCCAGGAGCCUGUCUUGUUCGCCCGUUCUGUAGAGCAGAACAUAACCUAUGGACUGACUGACAUCCCUAUGGAGGCUGUGGUGCAGGCUGCCACCAAGGCAAACGCACACGACUUCAUCACCGGUCUAACCAAUGGCUAUAACACAGAAGUGGGUGAGAAGGGCACCCAGUUGUCAGGGGGGCAGAAGCAGCGGGUGGCCAUCGCACGGGCACUCAUCCGCAACCCACAUGUUCUCAUCCUGGACGAGGCCACCAGUGCACUGGAUGCAGAGAGCGAACAUGUUGUCCAGCAGGCUCUGAACAACAUCAUGCGUCAGCACACAGUGCUGGUGAUCGCCCACCGCCUCAGCACAGUGGAGAGGGCAAACAACAUCAUAGUCAUCAACCGCGGCUGUGUGGUGGAGCAGGGAUCACACAGCCAACUGAUGGCCAAGGGGGGGCUCUACUGCAAGCUGGUACAGAGGCAGGUCCUGGGCAUCGAGACGGGGACAGAGGUCCUUAACCCUCCAGAGGUGGAUGUCUGAGGGUGGUAGUCAGCGGAGGCAGAACGGACAUGAUAGCAGCAGUGCCAGCGAGUCAAAAUGUGAAAACCACGCUACUGAGAGAGGUUCUAGGGCUUUAUUGGUAGCUAACACUGACUGACUGGCACUUAUGGGCAUUAAUUGACUGAGCAGUGCCUCAAAACCAAGGCAUUAUAUUACCCUUGAUGUUUUAUUUGCACAUUAGGUUGAAUAGAUUCAACUCAAGUCUAUUUUACGGUGUUCAAAACCUUGAAUAAUUGUUAUUGAAUAAUCAAUAAGAGUAUACAUUUUGUGUAAGAUUUGAGUAGUCAUUUGACCAGCGCUUCUGGACAUGAAUGAGCAACACUCUAGUUAAUCCCAGUGGUGAUAUUACACUGAACAAAAAUAUAAACACAACAUGUAAAGUGUUGGCCCCAUGUUUCAUGAGCUGUAAUAAAUUAUCCAAGACAUUUUCCUAUACGCA